GGUAGUUGGUUUCAAGCGGGAAGUAUAGUCAUUGUCACAACUAGAAACAAGAGCAUUCUUGAUGAGACUGGUGUAGGCUACAUGUACCAAGUCAACGAGUUGUCUCUAACUCAAUCAUUGAUAUUAUUUAGUAGACAUGCAUUUCGGAAGGAUUUUCCCCAAAGUGGUUAUCGGAUUCUCUCUCGUGAUGUCGUAUCUACUGCCGGGGGGCAUCCAUUAGCUCUUGAAGUGAUUGGUUCAUUCUUAUGUGGAAAGCCAAAAGAAGUAUGGGAAGAUACAUCGAAGAAAUUAAAGAAAGUGCACGAUAAGAAAGUCCUAGAGACUUUGAGUAUAAGUUAUGAAGCAUUAGAUCAUCAGGUGCAACAGAUAUUUUUGGAUAUUGCAUGUUUUUUUAUUGGAUCAUCUAAACAAAGUCCAACUUACAUGUGGGAUGCAUGUGAUUUUUUCCCAGAGAAUGGGAUUGAAGUAUUGUGUCUUAUGUCCUUAAUUAAAAUUGAUAAAGACGGCAAGCUACCGAUGCAUAAUCAAGCGAGAGAUUUUGGAAGGGAAAUUGUUCGCCUAGAAAAUCAAAAGGAGCCUCAAGGCCGUAGCAGAUUAUGGAUUUAUGAGGAAGCCAUCAAGGUGCUUGACAACAACAAGGCCACUGGUAAGAUUGAAGCCCUUCGUCUAGACAAAUUUGGUUGUAGAAGAAGCUACGCAGGUGAAAUAUUUAAAGAACUGACCCAUUUGAGGUUCCUUCAAGUGAACACUGCGAAUCUUGUUGGAGAUUUCCUGAACUUGCUUCCUCAAUUAAGAUGGCUUCAAUGGGAGGAUUGUCCCUUGAAUUUCACAGCGGCCAACUUUCAUCUGAAGAAAUUAGUUGUGCUGGAUCUGUCGUGGAGUGGGAUUUCAGAGGAUUGGGGAGGUUGGGGUCCACUCAAGAUGGCAGCCCAGCUCAAAGUUCUCAACCUUCUGAAUUGUCGAUCUAUGAGAAGAACUCCUGAUUUGUCUGCUUUCAAAAGCUUAGAGAUUUUUUUGCUGGAAGGAUGUUGGCAUCUACAAGAGAUUCAUCCUUCUAUUGGUGACAUCAAGACCCUUGUCUCCUUGAAUGUCAAGAGUUGUAAGAGAUUGGAGGAGCUACCGGUUGGAGUAGGUAGAAUGGAAGAAUUGAGUGAGCUUAUCUUAGAUCAUACUAAUAUAAAAGAGAUUCCUAUUUCGAGAGGUUGUUUGAUGAAGUUGGAGAAACUAAGUGCCUCGUCUUGUAGACGACUAGCUCAACUUCCAGAAUCCAUGGGCUCUCUUGUGUCGUUAACUCUGUUGGACAUAUCUGGGACACGGAUUGAAGGCUUACCUAAAUCCAUUGGUUCUUUGAAGGAGCUCAAGACUCUUGAUGCCUCUAAUUGUGCAUCCUUAGGCUGCAUACCCAGCUGCAUAGGCCAUCUAGCAUCUUUGCAGUGCUUGUUAUUAUGGGGAUGCUCCUUGCUGAGAGAAAUUCCUGAUUCGAUCGGAAAGUUGGAAUUGUUGGCCGAACUACAUUUAGCAAGGACAGCAAUUGCAGAAUUACCUAGAAGCAUUGGGAAUCUGCAGAACUUGAGGAUCUUGGACAUUUGUCGAACUCGCAUAACAGAAUUGCCUGGUGCCAUCGGAAUGUUGACGAAACUCCAAGAUUUGAGAGCUUCAGGAUGCAAAAAUCUAGAAGGACUACCUAGUAAUAUGGGCGAACUGGUUUCGCUAAACAAGCUUAAUUUAGAGAAGUCGGACAUUACAAGCUUGCCAGAAAGCAUUUCUAAGCUGUCUUCUGUCCAAAACCUGAGUGUUCGAUAUUGCCAAAAGCUUCGAGGACUGCCAGAACUGCCCUUUGGCAUAACUGCUCUACGUAUCACCUGCCAGAGUCCAGCGUUGCCACAACUUUCCCAACUAACCCUUCUCAAGAAACUCACUCUUUCUGAUUGCCCUUGGCUUGAAUAUCUUCCAAAGCUUCCCAUUGGGCUAUCAAUGCUUUCUAUUACACGUUGUGGAAAAUUGAAAGCGGUGACGGAUUUGUCGAACUUGAAGCACUUAUCUGAAUUGUAUCUUGAGGAGUGCUACGAGCUAAUGGAAGUCACCGGUCUAGAACGUUUACAAUCUCUCCGUAACUUACGUAUACGAGAAUGCCCUAAUAUACCUUGGCUUGAUGGUGUUGAAUCCUGUGAUUCUUCAUCCUCAACAUGAUAUCGAGAAUUAUAAUUUUAGAUUAAUAAUUGUUUUGCAAGUUCUGUAUUUGAAGGUUGUGGUUGCUCGCAGGUCGUCUACUAACGUGUUUGUUUUGUUUA